CCUUACUUCUUCAUCUAAGAAUAAUCCUUAAACACACUCACGCGUAAUUGUAUUUUCUGCAAUCUCCUUCGACUAAUCUAUUCACUACCCACACCACCCAAAUGCACAGCCUUAUUUCUUCACCUAAGAACAACCCCUUACACACACACCCAGUUCUGACCAACCAAGGCGGCCCACAGCUAAUCCUAAACCAAUUUAAAAAACCUAAUCCCCAGACCAGAUAGGCCAACUGCUCCUAAUCUCAGGAAACAGUCUGAAUGAUCCCGAAUACGAAGCCCGGUGAAGGCAUCUUCACAAGGGUAUUUGCAUUUACCAAUUUCUAAUGAUCCGUAUUCAUUUUCUGAUAUGCCCAUUCUACUGCCUUAAGACUGAGUGAUUAUUAGCCCAGCACAGCGACCGCCCAAUGGGUGAAAAUCUUGAGAGGCUGCUGUUCUUCAUCCGUUUUCCCAGUAAUGGAUCUACGCCUAACUUCUGGAUCACAAAUGAUAGGUGCAAAAACCGUCCCCGGCCGGAGCACCACCCUGGGCCUUGCACAGCAGCAUGAUGGAGUCGGCGAUGUCACAGCGAAAAACCCCUUUUAUCAGGUGUCCUGCUGUGGGCCUGUUUCCUGGACCAGCUGCUGCCCCUCUAGGUGGCCCUCUCUCACAGAGUCUUCUUGUAGCCGCCUGCUCUACAUCCUUCUCCACUUGGGGGCCUCAGCUAUCUGCUGCCUCCUGCUGUCUAGGACAGUGGUAGAAAGGAUCUGGGGCAAAGCACAUGGGAUCCAGAUGCCCUCAGUGCUGUGUGCCCACCUGUUUGGCAACUUGGACUGUCCAGUGCUCAGUGGCUCUGGGGCUGUGUAUCGAGUAUGUGCAGGAACUGCCACUUUCCACCUGCUGCAGGCUGUGCUGCUAGUCCGCCUCCACUCCCCCACCAGCCCACGUGCACAGCUGCAUAACAGCUUCUGGAGCUUCAAGUUGUUGUUCCUGUUAGUUCUCUGGACUGUUGCCUUCUGUAUCCCUGAUGAGCAUGUCUUCCCAGCCUGGCAUUAUAUUGGCAUCUGUGGAGGCUUCACAUUCAUCCUAUUACAGCUGGUGCUUAUCACAGCCUUUGCCCACUCAUGGAACAAGAAUUGGCAAACUGGCGCAGCCCAAGACUGUACCUGGUUCCUAGCUGUAUUACUGACUACCCUAGGAUUCUACAGUGCGGCAGGUGUGGGAGCUUUGCUACUGUUCCACCACUAUACACACCCUGAUGGUUGCCUGCUCAACAAGAUGAUACUCAGCCUACAUCUUUGCUUCUGUGGCCUCCUUUCUUUCCUCUCCAUCGCACCUUGCAUCCGCCUCAAGCACCCAAGCUCUGGCCUUCUACAAGCCUCUAUCAUCAGCUGCUAUAUCAUAUAUCUGACCUUCUCUGCACUGUCCAGCCGCCCCCCAGAGACAAAAACCUUUCAAGGACAGAAUCACACCUUGUGCCUGCCUGGCCAGAAUAAAAUGGAACCACAAAUACCAGACACCUCGGUAGCAGUGUUGAGUGCGGGUAUCAUGUAUGCCUGUGUGCUUUUUGCUUGCAAUGAGGCUUCCUACCUGGCUGAGUUAUUUGGACCCCUGUGGAUCAUCAAGGUUUACAAUCAUGAGUUCCAGAAGCCCUCACUCUGUUUCUGCUGCCCCCAAACAGUGGAACCAGAGGAUGGGCAAAGUUGCAGAGUCAGACCAACUGACCAAGAGAGCCCACCAGCCGCCCAGGUGCAGAGCCAGCAUCUUCCCUACAGCUACUCUGCCUUCCACUUCACCUUCUUUCUUGCUUCACUCUAUGUCAUGGUUACACUUACCAACUGGUUCAGUUAUGAGGGAGCAGAACUGGAGAAGACCUUCACUAAAGGUAGCUGGGCUACCUUCUGGGUCAAAGUUGCCUCAUGCUGGGCCUGUGUACUCCUCUCUAUGGGGCUGCUCCUGGAACCACUGUUGGCUCCCCACUCAGAAUCACCACCACCCUGGUAUCUUCAGGCAACACUGCCAUCACGUCAGUACUGCCAGGUAAAAUCUAACCCCCCAUUCUCUAUUUAAAAAAACCGGGUACCCUUUAGAUUAU